AUGCCUUUUGUCAUUCUUUCUUGUUAUCUUAACUGUGAACUCCUGAUAUUUCCAGAGCCUCUUGAUAUCCUAGAAGGUUGGGUCCUUAAAUUAUUCGGUGGCGUCAAGAAAGGCUCUUUGAUUAAGCCAGAUACAUGUUUAGAUGGUCCUAUUUGGAAAACUGGCAAAAUCUAUAAAUUAGAGGCAGAUAAAGAUGUUCAUUCACUUAAUUUGUCAUGGACAUUACCUUCCCUACAAGAAUAUUAUCCAACGAAGGCUGAAGAGUACUUUUCUCAUCUCCUUGGACAUGAGGGUAAAGGGGGCCUGUUUUUUCUAUUAAAAGCUAGAGGCCGGGCAUCUUCCUUUGUUGCUAGUGUUGCUAAAGACGGCAUGUAUUGCUCUUCAAUUGCUUAUAUUUUUCAAAUAGACAUACGCCUCACAGACUCUGGCUUGGAGAAGCCUCAAUUUUGUCUGGAAUCGGCUGAGCUUGUUGGAGCAGUCCGGUCUCCAAAAGUCUCAAAAACAUAA